CACUUCGCGCAGAACUGCCGAACAGCCUGGUUGUCGAAGUGCGAUCCUCCGUCAGACAUGAAGACGUCGGAAGGGGCGAAGUCAGUGAAGAUGCGAUGCAAGGAGUCUGUCGUCGUCUUCGCUGUACCAUGGGACUUGAACCUGAAAGCCCAAACGUGCUGGGAGUAAGUAUCCAGGUAGACCCCGACCGUGUGGUAGCCCCCUUUUCCCUCCGGGAGCUUGACGUAGUCGCCGACCAGCAGCUCAAAGGGCCGUCUUCGCACUAUCGGCUCCAGCUUCGCAUGGACGUGUUGUGGACCGAAUCCCUUGCACUUGCCGCACUCCGAGAUUGCGCUCACAAUUGACGCGUCGAGGCCUGGGCUGUGGUACUCAUCCAUGAGCGCGAUCUUGAUUGCAUCCCUCCCGAAGUGCCCAUGCUCUGCGUGGGUAAUACCAGCCUUCGCGACCGCUUCUUCCCUUGUGAUGCACUCCCGUUUUGUUCUCGCGCGCACACCGGACCCGCCCAAGAUCCAGAGCUUCCCAUCCUGGAUGAAGUACUUACUAGCCCUGUGCCGCGCUCGUCGCCGUCGGUCCGAAUUCCCGUUGCCGUCGAGCUCGAGCAGCGCAUCAAUGACUUCCAAGAACAGCGGUUCUUGCGCGAAUCGUGCACGCAACGCGGCCGUGCCUUCUGGCAUCGCCAUGACCACCACCCCUGUCUCACAGCCUGUCGACUGGUCGGCUGCGGUCAGCGCAACGCUAAAUACGUCGGCAACAAUGCCAGUCCGUGCUUCCAAGUCCGGGCUGACCGUCCACUCGCUGCCAUCCCCGGGUCGUCUCCCCUCGCCUUCGUAUUGCCGACUAAUGAUGUCUGCUGCUACAUUGGACGUGCCCUUGAUGUGCUUCACUGCAACGAUGUUGUGGCCGAAUAUGCCUUCCUGCCACCGCAUGUGUGCUGCAGUUAACCUCCCGCCUGCAAUGACAUCCCGAAUCGCCCGGCAGUCUGUCUCCACGAUCACCGGCGAGCCAUAUAUCACGUCGUCAAACUGGUCGAAACCGAACUUCAUGGCGG